GCUGCAGUAGGAAAACCUUCCAGUUUCCUCUAGUCCUGGACUUGGAGACAGAUCUGCCUGCUGCUGGUGCUGUCAGCCGCAGGCAGGCAAAGGCUUUUGGCAGGCAACAGGUUAGCUGCAGCCGUGUGCUGAGAGAGGGAGGCAGCCAAUAUCCGCUUGCUGCCCUCCAGCCUCUCGCCGCUGCCGCCCAGCGAUGGAGCCCGCGCUGCUGUCGUCUUCCAUGACUGGGGGAAAGCAAACAAGUAAAGGUGUGUGUGUGAGUGUGAGCGUCUAUGUGUGUGUACAGAAAAGGGAGAGAGGCUAGCAAACAUGGAUUCAAGGUUCUCCUCUCCACAGUGGCUGUGCGAAGGAAUGAAAGGUCUGCAGUAAGCUGAAGUGGAAGGCUUGCAGGUUACCAUGCCUGAGAAGAAGAAGGUGGCCAUGUUGUUUCAGCCUGCUCUGCUUCGCUGCCAUUUCUCCACUUCUUCUACCCAACCAGCUGUCGUGCAGUGGAGGUUUAAAUCGUACUGCCAGGACCGAGUGGGAGAAGCUCUGGGGAUGGCGACUUCUGGUUUACAAACAAUGAGCAAGAGGAACCUGGACUGGGAUCCCUAUUUGGACUGUGUGGACAGCAGGAGGACAGUCCGAGUUGUGGCUUCCAAACAAGGAUCUGCUGUGACUAUAGGGGACUUCUAUAAGGAAAGAGACAUCAGCAUUGUCCACGAUGCAGACCUUCAAAUUGGGAAGUUGAUGUGGGGAGACAGUGGGCUCUAUUACUGCCUUAUUAUCACACCGGAUGAUGUGGAGGGCAAGAAUGAAGAAUCGGUGGAACUGCUUGUGCUUGGCAGGACAGGGCUGCUUGCUGAUCUCUUGCCCAGUUUUGCUGUGGAGAUUAUGCCAGAGUGGGUCUUUGUGGGCCUGGUGAUCCUGGGGGCAUUCCUGUUCUUCCUCCUGGUGGGAAUCUGCUGGUGCCAGUGCUGCCCACACAGCUGCUGCUGUUAUGUCCGCUGCCCCUGCUGUCCCGAGUCCUGCUGCUGUCCCCGGGCCUUGUAUGUAGCAGGCAAAGCAGCAAAAGCUGGGUACCCUCCUCCAGUCUCUUCCAUGCCAGGUGCAUACUACAUCCCCAGUGUUCCUGUGACUGGUGUCCCGUCUCCUGCUGUGCUGAUGGAUAAGUCACACCCUCCUCCCUUAGCCCCAGGUGACGCCAGUGGAGGAAGCCAAAAUGCAGUGUGCAAAGGGUACAGGAUCCAGGCUGACAAGGAAAGGGACUCCAUGAAGGUGCUUUACUAUGUGGAGAAAGAACUGGCUCAGUUUGACCCAGCUAGGAGAACAAUGCGAGAACGAUAUAACAACACCAUCUCUGAACUCAGCUCUUUGCAUGAAGAGGACCUGAACUUCCGUCAGCCCUACCGUCAGUCACGAAGGAAACCUCUGCCUCCUGCCGGGGACCUGGAUGGCGAUGCUGAAUACUGGGCUGGAGUGAUGGGUGGGGGCAGCACGUCCAGAUCACAGGCUGUCUCUGAUUACAGAGAUGAGCGGGACACUUUCUGGCACAGCCAGCAGAGAUCCAAGUCUGAGAUGUUGUCCCGUAAGAGUUUCUCUGUGGGAGUGCCGGCUGUCUCCAUGGACGAGCUGGCAGCCUUUGCAGAGUCCUACAGCCAGAGGAUGCGGCGAGCAGACAGCCAGGAAACACGGCGCUUCGAGCGCUCGGAGUCGCAUGGCGGCCGCAGCGGAGGGAUGCCCCACCAGGAUGGCUCCGUUGAAGAGUACUACACCAAGCGCAACAGAGGGAACCGGGAGCUGCUGACAGACUCGGAUCAGGGCUGGUCAUACAGCCCACCCCGGAGACGGGCCCAUGAGGAGAAGCACCUGCCCAGGCUGGUGAGCCGGACGCCUGGAGGGAGCCAGAAAUAUGAUCACUCCUACCUCAGCAGUGUGUUGGAGAGGAAAUCUCGGAGCCACGAUGAGAGCGGUGACCAUAGUGAAACUCCCUCGAAGCUGAGCUCGCAGCCCAGCCAGAGAGGAGGGGGAACAUACUAUGCCUGGUCACCACCCUCUACCUACAAAGCUGAGAAAUCGCAGCAGCAGCCACAGCAGCCGCCAUCAUCGCCUGAGCAGGAGGAUGAGGAGGACACCCUGCCCCCAUACAGUGAGAGGGAGCUGAGCCGAGGCCCUUCGUAUAGGGCCAGGGAGCAGGCCUACCUCAACGCCUCUGACAAGAAGAGGAAGAAGGACCCCAAGAAAACAGUGAGGCCGUGUCUGGUGCUCAUGAUCCAAAUAGGCUGAGCAGGGAGCCACCAGAACGAUUUCCCAACAAGGAUGUCCCUUGUGGUUUGAAGUUGUUGUGGACAUGUCAUGUUGAUGGGCUGGAUACUAUGAGGUGACUGCAAUGGAAAAGAGAGAGAGCAGCAAGCAAGACAAGCCUCCCGUGAACCUGUGCAGCCAUUGGCCAUGGACUCUGUUUCUAUUGUUUGUCUCAUCAGGGGAGUAGAGGCUUUCACAAGAGACAGACUCCGAUGAACAGUACUCGGUCUCAGAGGCUCUGUGAGUCUGCCAGGGAUACGAGGCCAGGGCUGUCUUUGGCACCGUGUUUUCCAGUGCGCUCCAUUUUGUGCUGGAAGGCAGCCACAUCCCCACUGUCCCUGCAGCCCUGAACUACAAGUGAGGCUGCCCGUGUGCCUCUUGCCCUGUCCUGUGUGCAGAGAGAAGCCUUUGCGCUUAGCUCUUGCUCUCUCUGUCUCCUCAGUUCUCUGUUUGGAUCAAAGUUGUCUCCAUAUUUGCAGUUGGAGCCUUUUCUGUAUCAUCCCUAUGCCGGGAGGAAGCUUUGUUCUUACAGCUGCAGGCCGCCUCCAGCUUGUCUAUAUCGUGAAAGAAAAUGUACAUCCUUCCAGACACCAUAGAAAAGGACUGGUGAGAUGUUACUUUGGCAAGGGCUGAACAGAUAGAGAGACAAUUAUGGGCUGGUUAGUUCAAUAUAUUUAGUUCUGUUCAUUGUGUGAUGAAAGUUACAGGUGAGAUUGAUGUAUUAUUUUGAAAGUGGAUCAAAGUAGCUUUUAUUGUGA